CACCAACCGCUUCUCCGUCACGAAUAAAGCAUCUGAACACGCGCGAGGAAGAAGACGAAGAAGAAGAAGAAGACGAAGACGAAGAGGAGGACGAAGCAUCAAAAUCUCCAUUUCUCCAUGAAUCGAUUACACCUCCUCCCCUCCUCCUCCUCCUCCUCAUCUCUCUCCACGCGCCCGCGAUUUCCCGCCAUACCCUGGAAUGGCGCGAAGUCGACUAGGAUUUCGCCGAGGCGACCACCACCUGGUAGCGGAAGCACCGGAAGUGUCAGAUCGUUGAGAGUAGUUGUCUCCGAAUCCCAAACCGAGAGGCGAUUCCCGAGGAUCGGGGCUGGAUCGACGGGGCCGAUCCCCGCCGCGGAGCUCCUCGGAGUCGUUGAAGCUGCCGCGAGGACCGGCGCCGAGGUUGUGAUGGAAGCUGUUAAUAAGCCUCGAAAUAUUAGUUACAAGGGCCUUACCGACUUGGUGACUGACACAGAUAAAAUGAGUGAAUCAGCCAUCCUAGAAGUUGUGAGAAAGAAUUUUAAAGGCCACCUAAUUCUUGGGGAGGAAGGUGGCCUUAUUGGGGAUUCCUUGUCGGAUUAUCUCUGGUGCAUUGAUCCGUUAGAUGGAACGACAAAUUUUGCACACGGUUACCCCAGCUUUGCUGUAUCAGUCGGUGUUCUUUUCCGUGGAAAGCCUGCUGCUGCAUCUGUGGUCGAGUUUUUGGGUGGUCAUAUGUGUUGGAAUACUCGCACAUUUGCUGCAUCAUCAGGUGGUGGAGCCUUUUGUAAUGGCCAGAAGAUUCAUGUUAGUCAGACCGAUCAGGUGGAACGAUCUCUUCUGGUAACUGGUUUCGGAUAUGAACAUGAUGAUCCAUGGACGACCAACAUGAACUUAUUCAAGGAAUUUACUGAUAUUAGCAGGGGUGUGAGAAGGCUAGGUGCUGCCGCAGUCGACAUGUCUCAUGUCGCUCUAGGAAUUGUCGAGGCCUACUGGGAGUACCGUCUAAAGCCAUGGGACAUGGCAGCUGGUGUGCUGAUAGUUGAAGAAGCAGGUGGAGUGGUCACGCGCAUGGAUGGUGGAAAGUUUACGGUCUUUGAUCGCUCCGUCUUGGUUUCCAACGGCGCCAUUCAUGAGAAGCUUCUGGAGAGGAUCGGCCCUGCCACUGAAGAAUUGAAAAAGAAAGGAAUCGAUUUCUCUUUAUGGUUCAAGCCCGAGAACUACCCUACAGAUUUCUGAGUUUGCAUGAUCAGCGUAACAUUCAGUUUCCCUCGGUGCCGACAGUGGUGGCAGAAUCUUUGCCUCGAAUAACUGUUGAUUUUUACCGUGAAUUUUCACACGGGUAUUUAUGGCUGUAUGCAUCAGCUAUCCUCAUUUGGAAAGAGUUUGGGGAUCAAACAACCGGAAAAGGAAAAGGAAAAAAAGAAGUGAUGUGUAAUCAGAUUGGAUUCAUCUACUCCCAUAAUUUUGAUAUCUUCUCUGAUUAGAUCACUGCUCGAUUUAUGGGCUUUUUUGUGUUUUUUUGCCGAAAAAUUGCAGUAGCGUAAUUAAACUUCAAGUAUAGUUUCAAUUUUUCCCCUCAAUCUUGUUACAAUUGUGUUGGUCUUUU